ACUAAACGCGUUUCUAUUUGUGCAUUUUCUUUGAGUUGCAUGCAGCUGGAGGACGCCAGGGAAGGAGAUUGUAGUCGCUGAGUUCUUAAAAUGGAAAGUGCAUGACGUUUUCGGACAAACUUGUACAGUUUUUCACGCGUGUGCCAUAGACUAAAGCGUGACCGUGUCCAACAAUCUCCUUGCCAGAAUGAUACUGAUGCCGUUAUUGUCCUUGCUGUCGCUGUUGAUUUGUGUCCGUGUCCAGAAGCGCCAUAGAAAGCGCUGAAGAAGAAAACCAGUGCUAUUCGAGUCAGAGAAGACAAAUCUGAAACAGUCAUGACGUGGGAGCUGGGAGCUGCGGAAAUUAAAGAGCAACUCCAGUCCAACAUUACAUUCUGUUCAAAAAGAAAGAAGAAGAAGAAGAAGAAGAGAGAGAAAACAUGACCUGAAACUGUCUCACGUCUUAUCCUGAGAAUAUCAGAAUCUAGCCAAAUGCAGCGUUCAAUCCUCCUACAUCACUCUGUUUGACUUGAAGUUUUGACUUGAUGUUCGACUUGUCGCCGUGACGUCACUGUGAACCCUAUACGAGGACGCUUAUUUGUUUCGGUGCGCUAUUUCGAUCAGGUCUUAUUUAUAAACCGUAUCGAUCGAGGACACCAGAAAAAGAGCGGGACGGGAGGUUUAUCGGUACGAAAAGAAAGCGGUGCUUAAGCUGUCCCGUUCCUUGACGCUCCACUCUCAAGGAUGCACUUUGUGUACUUUUAAUGUCUUAAAUACGGCCGUAAAAAAACGAUUUAAGGUACAUACGGACGGUUUUUCCGAGUAAAGCUUUAAAAGGUACACUACGCGGACCUUUCUAGGCGAAGGAUAUACAGGACGAGGAAAAGGUACCGUUUAGUACCCUUUGUAUUAAUAAAAAACAACUUAUCAGCACUAAUGCAUUAGAGAACGCCUACGGAGAAAGUCACAUGCGUGCGUUUGUAUGUAUUUGUCUUGUCGGGUGGGGCGUAAAUGACAAUGCGUAAAAAUCUUAUCAAACAGAGAUAACAACGGGUACGGGUAUGGUCUGAUGACAGGAAUAAAAGUCGUUGUUGUCGCUUUUCAAUACGUUACGUCUGUCCGCUAUUCACCGUCCAAAGUGUUAUCAGAAACAACCGUCAUGUUCGUUCGGUAUCAUCAGGGUUCGCCGUUUCAAUCGUUUUCCGUGAUGGAUAGGCAUGUGGAAGUGGAGGCGAGAACACCGUGUUGUCAUUUUGCCGCUCAAAAUGUGAUUGGUUUUAUCAUCGGCCUAAACGCUUGCGACGCACCAAUGAAAACGGUUUAUGUAGCUACCAUAUGUGUGCAGCUAUUAGUAGUUUGUGUCGUCGGUAAGCUGACUCGUCAUACCAGCGUAAAGAAAUAGCCGUCGAGUCGUUUGUAAUCCGUAUCGCUUCGAUUUGACUCCGCUGCGACCUUGCGGUAUUUAGCUAGCCGUAAUUAACUUCAGACCACCUGCUACAAUUGAUGAUUGAAUGCUAGCUAGCUUCAAUAAGAAGUUAGCUACGCCUACUACUACUCCGCCUAUUACUUAUCCAGUCGAACCUUUGCUACGACAGGCAGCUAACUACAGUUGGUGUUUAGCUACAGUUGAAAGGUGACUCUUGCGUAUAUACGUGAUCGAUGACCGGUAAAGAAACGAGCAGCUUGUUGUUAAUAACAAGAGUUUACCGUAAACUAGAGAUCGCAGUUUAUUGCUAGCUAAAUUAACGUUCGAAUGUUUGACAGCGGUCGAUAUUGGACAUUGCGUGAGGAUGAAACGCAAACGCCGCCAUACGCCACUGGACGCUACACUUCCCUACUCCGCUGACAGAUCAGAACGUCGAGCUGUCGAGUUACGCUGACUGACUUUGCUCACUGCAAAUACCUAGCUCACCAAAUGACGUCGGUUGUCCUUACGUAGCCGCGACGUUUCCUUUGAUUACCAGGGUUUUGUCGUAGCAACGAUGAAAUCGUUAAUCCCUAGCAAGUUAGCAAUUUAGCUUGGUGGUUAACAUGUGGUUAUUCAACCCGUAAUAGCCUCAGGUCUCGGUUUUCAUUGGAAAAAUGUAAAAAAAAACAACAAAAAAGCAAAAAAACAAUUUUAGACCAAAUAUCAACUAGUAACGACAUCCAAGAGAAGAAUGAUAGGUUCAGAGGGUUUCCUCCGGGAACUCCGGUUUCCUCCCUCAAUCCAAAGACAUGCGCUGUAGGCUGAUUGGCUCAUUUCCAAAUUGUCUGUAGUGUGUGAAUGUGUGUGUGUGUGUGUGAUUGUUCCCUGUGAUGGGUUGGCACUCCGUCCAGGGUGUCCCCCACCUUGUGCCCGGAGUCCGCUGGGAUAGGCUCCAGGUUCCCCGUGACCCUGUGUAGGAUAAGCGCGUUCUCAGCACUACUGAUUUCUUUGCCUGGCUGUGGGAAGUGGACACAGAGACGAGUCACACGUCUUGCUGAGCUGCCUGGAAGCUGAAGUUGAACACAUACUUGUUCUUAAACACACACACACAUUCGUGCCCAGAGCUGCUGUCAUGGCCCCAGAAUUCAGUGCGUCACUCUGGUGAGCGGUGGGGCGAACCAGGCAGAAGACAUGUUGGCACGGAGGGACGGGUACCGCACUGAAACUAGCUGUAGUAACCAUGGAAACGGUGUGGAGGAGCUUGGCCUGUGUUGGGGUCAUCGCCAUGGUAACCGCCGGCGUGGGAGCGAGCGCCUCUGCUCAGGAGGGUCAAGCUGCAUUCCUCUCCACUCUGGCUCACUAUGAGAUCGCCGUCCCAGUCCGCGUUGGCCCUCGGGGUGAGUCGCUGCACGAUGGCGAGGCCUCGGACAGGCACAGACGUCAUCGGCGGAGCAUCGAGACGAAACAGGAGGUUCCUGAGCCGCAGCUUUAUUACCAGCUGUCCACGCCGAGCACCAGUCUCUUCCUGAACCUCACGCUGCAGAGCGGCCUGCUGUCCCGCAGGUUCCGCGUCGAAUACUGGAGGAAGGGCAGAGUUGUGUGGAGUCACCCGUACUCCUCCGGCUGCCAGUAUGUGGGGCAUCUGCAGCACCAACCCCAGUCCAGCACUGUGGCCCUCAGUAACUGCAAUGGCCUGCAGGGCGUGAUCGUAGCUGGUGGAGAGGAAUACCUCAUUGAACCUUUGGUUUCUGCUGAAAACCAAACGAGUGUGGAUGGGAAAGAAGAGCGCCCCCAUGUGGUGUACAAGAGAUCGUCUCUGCGACAUCUCUACAUGGACCAGUCCUGUGGAGUCAUCGAUGAGAAAUCGAGCAAAAGCUUCGAUUGGUGGCAGAGAACGAUUAAACCGCCCAACCAGAUGGGCCGUGGCCAGCUGCCCCUGAAGCGCUCGGUUAGCCGCGAGCGCUACGUAGAGACACUGGUGGUAGCCGAUAAGAUGAUGGUGUCAUACCAUGGGCGUCGUGACAUCGAGCAGUACAUUCUGGCUGUCAUGAAUAUUGUUGCCAAACUGUUCCAGGAUUCUAGCCUGGGGAACGCAGUGAACAUUGUGGUGACUCGACUGAUCCUACUAAUGGAGGACCAGCCGACGCUGGAGAUCAACCACCAUGCGGGGAAGUCUUUAGACAGUUUCUGUAAGUGGCAGAAAUCCAUCCAGCAGAGCAACGGCCAUGGAAACGCCAUCCCCGAAAACGGCAUUGCACCCCACGACACGGCCGUCCUCAUCACGAGAUACGACAUCUGCAUCUACAAGAACAAGCCGUGUGGGACACUCGGCCUGGCCUCGGUUGGUGGAAUGUGUGAGCCGGAGAGAAGCUGCAGUAUAAAUGAAGACAUCGGUCUGGCCACGGCGUUCACCAUCGCUCACGAGAUUGGACACACGUUCGGUAUGAAUCACGAUGGCGUAGGGAACCCGUGUGGAGCCCGCAGUCAGGAGACGGCUAAGCUCAUGGCCGCCCACAUCACCAUGAAGACGAACCCCUUCGUUUGGUCAGCCUGCAGCCGCGAUUACAUCACAAACUUCCUCAACUCUGGAAUGGGUUCGUGUGUGAACAACGUUCCCCCGAAGCAGGAGUUUGCGUAUCCCACCACGGCGCCCGGGCAGGCCUAUGACGCCGAUGAGCAGUGCCGUUUCCAGUACGGAAUAAAAUCUCGGCAGUGUAAAUAUGGGGAGGUGUGCAGUGAGCUGUGGUGUAUGAGUAAGAGUAACCGCUGCAUAACCAGCAGCAUCCCCGCAGCGGAAGGCACCAUCUGCCAGACCAGCACCAUAGACAAAGGGUGGUGCUACAAGCGGAUGUGCGUGCCGUACGGCACUCGCCCGGAAGGAGUGGACGGUCAGUGGGGUGCGUGGUCUCCGUGGGAGGAGUGCAGUCGUACCUGUGGGGGCGGAGUCUCCUCCUCUGUUCGCCACUGCGACAGCCCCAGGCCGACCGUAGGAGGACGCUUCUGUCUGGGAGAGAGGAAAAGGUUCAAAUCCUGCAACAUCGAGGAGUGCCCUCCUGGGUCUCAGGAUUUCCGAGAGAUUCAGUGCUCGGAUUUUGACAGCGUUCCUUUCCGGGGGAAAUUCUACACCUGGAAGCCGUACAGAGGCGGUGGAGUAAAAUCAUGCUCUCUGAACUGCCUGGCUGAGGGUUAUAACUUCUACACUGAGCAUGCUCCGGCGGUGGUGGAUGGGACGCCGUGCAGAGACGACUCUCUGGACGUGUGUGUUAAUGGCGAGUGUAAGCAUGUGGGCUGUGAUAAAAUCCUCGGCUCGGAUGCCCGUGAGGACCGCUGCCGUGUGUGUGGGGGUGACGGGAGCAGCUGCGAGGCCAUCGAGGGCGUCUUCAACGAUUCGCUGCCUGAAGGAGGUUAUGAAGAGGUGAUCAGGAUUCCUAAAGGAUCUGUGUUCAUUCAUAUACAGGAACUCAACAUUUCUCUUAAUUAUCUCGUCCUGAAAAGCAAAAGCGACCAGUACUUCAUCAACGGCAAGCUGACCAUCGACACGCCGCGCCGGUUCGACAUCGCCGGGACGACUUUCCACUACCGCCGACCCGCCGAUCAGCCCGAGACCCUGGAGGCGGUGGGGCCCACCAAUAUGACACUCGUUGUCAUGGUGUUGGUAAGGGAAGAGAACCAAGGUAUCCAUUACCGCUUUAAUCCCCCUAUAAACAGAGACACUCAGAGCGUCUUCACCUGGCACUCUACAUCCUGGAGCCGCUGCUCCGUCUCAUGCGCUGGAGGGUUUCAGAUCCAGCAGGUGGUGUGUAAGAAACAAUCCGAUCACUCGGUGGUUUUCAAUCACUUCUGUGACAAGAAGAGCAAGCCCAAAGAGAAGAAACGUGCGUGCAACGCGGCGCCGUGUCCUCCAACCUGGUGGGUUAGCGAGUGGUCCGAGUGCAGCAGGAGUUGUAGUGGAGGCGUACGGACGCGGGAGGUGCUGUGUAAGAGGAAGAUCAGCUCCGUGGAAGAGAAGGUUCAGGACGAUUCGUCCUGUCUCCAACCGCGGCCUCCCGUCACCGAACCCUGCAAUAAUCACACCUGUCCACCUGAGUGGCACGCCCUCGACUGGUCCGAGUGCACUCCCAGCUGUGGUCCAGGUUACAGGCAGAGGGUGAUACUGUGCAGGAGUGGAGAGAGCGGAGAUACUCUGGCAGAGUCCGAGUGUCCGAGACACAGCCGCCCCACCACCAGGAUGCGCUGUAACCUGCAGCGCUGCCCUCCUCCUCAGUGGCUCUCUGGACCAUGGAGCGAGUGUUCAGCUAAGUGUGGUAUGGGGCAUCAGAUGCGCUCGGUACAGUGUGUGUCACACACCGGCCUGCCGUCCAAUGAGUGUCCAGAGCUGCAUCGACCCGCCUUCAUGCAGCAGUGCAGGAGCAAGUGUGACCUCAGCGUCCCCACGGACAACCCUGAGGAGUGUAAAGAUGUGAACACAGUGGCGUACUGCCCCCUGGUGCUCAGGUUCAAGUUCUGCAGCCGCCCAUAUUUCCGACAGAUGUGCUGCAAGACCUGCCAAGGACACUGACCUCCUCUUUUCUCCUUUCUCUCUCUCUCUCUCUCUCUCUCUAUUUAUCUAUCUGCUCCCUCACUCACUACUUUCCAUGCUCGGAGUGCCAGUCCUGCCUCAGAGAGAGAGAGGGUGGGGGGGGUGGGGAAGGAACGAGGGAGAGAGACUGUGCUGCUGUCCUCCACUCUCCCAAACCAGCUGCUCUGGUGCAGUUCCUGUGAAUGUCAGAUGGUCAGAGAGAGAUUUGUCUUCUGUUAGUUGUCCUGAACAUGGUGCUAGUUCUUAUUUCAUCCAUAUUUCAGACGGGAUACUUCAUUUCUACUCAGUUACAGCUACAACCGAGCACAGGACUGCACAGAUUACUGCUUUUCCCUGCUUAUAUUCUCGUACCAGAAUACAAAUCCAAUUUCUACUGCGGCAGAUAUUAUUCCGUUAUUAAUUACGGCUCUUGAUUCCGCACGGCCGCCAUCUGGCUCUGGAGUGAAAUCAGGAACCUUGUUUCAAGCAUCAUUUGCAUUUGAUUAAAAUGGAGAAGAUGUGGGAAGUUCUAAAAACGUCAAAGAAGGAAGUUUCUAUUCACCCGGGCUUUUAGACCGAUAAGUUUAAUUGCGUCUCAUCAGCACAGAACUGAAAACAAACUCGGUUUUGUCCAGGACGUAAAUAUCAUCGUGAUGAAGCUGUAAUGUAAGGAAAACUCCCGAACUGAACUGUGCAGUGCUGUGCUGUGUUAAAAACACACACACACACACACACACACACACACACUAAUGACCACAAUAUUCACUGUUUACAUCGUUUCCGUUUCUGUUUUUGACGUGUUUAUUUUUACUAUAGGAAAUAUUUCUUUGUUCUUAUUAGGAGAUUUCGCCGUCUGUGACGAGAUCGCGUCGUACAGGUGGGAGGUUAAAAAAAAAAAGUAACGAUAAAAUUCAGCCAAAAAUCAUAUUUACACAGUGUUCCUCUCUCAGACGUAUUCGAUCAACCAAGAAAUGUUGGUCGCGUGACGUUUUACGCCGACGUGUGCCGAUGUGGUUUGGGACACGGUGUUAGUCUACAGUUCGCGGAAGGUGAGCGGAGUGGAGUGGCUUAAACACGUACGUUAAUGAUUCUCAAAUUAUUUCCAGAUAUUUAUAUUCUUGUAUCGAAAUUGUCGUCAUGGUGACGGAUGAAAACACGCCGUAUCGUUCAAGUCGACUUUGCACGCUUAUCCAAAGAAAGUUAGCGUCCUUCUGGCAAUCAGGAAAUUCUGAAAGAUUUAGAUGUCACAUGAGAGGCCUUUUUCCCUAGGCCUGUUUAUCCCAGGCUAAGUGCACUGUGUGUGGGGAGAAGUGAAAGACCUCCAGGCCUUUUUCCCUAGGCCUGUUUAUCCCAGGCUAAGUGCAUGUGUGUGGGGAGAAGUGAAAGACCUCCAGGCCUUUUUCCCUAGGCCUGUUUAUCCCAGGCUAAGUGCAUGUGUGUGGGGAGAAGUGAAAGACCUCCAGGCCUUUUUCCCUAUUUCUUCAAUUAUAUCUCAAAUAAUUCAGGUCUUCACUUUGGAGAAAUACCGAGAUUAAAGUCCGUCCAAAAAAAACAAAAAAAAUCGGAUUCAGCGUACAGAUGGAAUCGGGAAGGGUCUAUUCGUUUUCACUUUAUGUAAGAAAAAUUUCAAAAGUCUUGGCUGAUCGAAUACUUUUGGGAUGAAAAGAAACCUUGUGGGAAUGCGUUUUUUUUUUUUUUUUUUUUUUACUCAGUCGAUCUAUUCCUGUAAUUCAUUUAGUUUUCUUAAAAAAAAAAAAAAAGUUGUUAUGGCCUGAUCAACCAUUCAGUAUAAUAAGCUUCAUAAAACCGUACUGUUAUGGUCUCUA